CCGCAACGGACUCGCGCCUGCGCAACAUCGCUCGCCUCCUCGACGACCAUGCAUCCCUUUGGCGGCACGCCCAUCUGCCCGCGAUGCAACAAGGCCGUCUAUGCCGCAGAACAGCUGUACCACAAGCCUUGCUUGGCUUGCACAUCCUGUGGGAAGCGAUUGGAUUCCUAUAACCUAUUGGAACACGACCAGGAGCCCUACUGCAAGAACUGCCAUAUGAGGCUCUUCGCAACGCGCACCCUUGGAUUGCAGAACCUGCCCAACCGCGACGAGGUCCCUCUCAGCUCCCCGCCCACCUCGCCCACGCGCAACAGCUUCUCACUUACGCGCGCUGCCUCCCCGCCCGCUCGCUCUUCCGCCGCCCCGCCUCUGCCUGCCCGGAGGCACGCCACAGGAGGGUCCAUCGGCGAUCGCUCGGCUUUCCCAGCACCGUCCUCAGGUCCUCCGGUACUCAGGCCGACGAGGGCUCUGAGCCCCAUCCGGGGGUCUGCGUACCGCUCGCCGCCGCUGGACGACGUGCCCGACGAGGAGGAUGCGCAGACGCAGCCGCAGACGGACGGCACGGAGGAGUUGGCCGCGCAGACUAACCCCACAGGAUCGACAGCGACGCACACAGGCCGUGGCCAAGGCGGGCUCCCCCGCACCGUGCCGCUCAGUCCCGUACGCAACCGCUUCGGAGGCAGCAUCUCCAGCACCGCGAACGGGGCCGCGCCAAGCAUAGAUGGCGAGUCUGCGGGUGCUACGCCUGCAGGGCGGACGCGCUCCCCGGACGCCAGGAUGACGGGCACGGUCCCGCUCGUGCCCACCAGUACGGGGACACGCUACGGGAUGGCGCUCGGCGGCCGCUCACCCAUGACGCCGAUGAUGACGGGCACUGGGAGGCAGUGGGGGCUCGGCGGUGCGAACCCGCUGUGCGGGAAGUGCGGCAAGACGGUGUACUUCGCGGAGCAGGUGAAGGCGAUUGGGAAGACGUACCACAAGGGCUGCCUGCGCUGCUCGGAGUGCAACACAUCCCUCGACUCAACGCGCCUCACGGAACGCGACGGGAACCCGUAUUGCCAUCGGUGCUACUCCAAGCUGUACGGCCCGCAGGGCAGUGGGUACGCCUUGCUGGGCAAGGCGGGCGGGUAGAUACCUGCCGGUGAGGAACUAUUUCAGUCGCCAAGCCAUGCUGCCUUCGUUUCCUCCGCAUUAUGAUCGCUUCGUACACUCUUCCUGUUCCUAUUUGCUGUAGAAGCCCAUCCCAGCGCCUUGUAUUCUAUCGUGCUCUUACACUACAUACGUUAUCUUAUAGCUAUCUACGCCCAUCGCUUCUUCGCGCCAGAGUGAGAACGUCCGCCGAGUGGUCUACAAUCCGGAGAAUUUGCGUUUGCUCCUAGACGACUCUGAUAGAAGUGGGGAGAAUGGACGCUAUUCGCAACCUUACUUUCAUGGUUCGAACUCCCAUGGAGACCUUCACG